AUGGUGAUAGGAAAUCUAAUGUUCUGUGGCAGACAUGAUAGUGUGCAGUGUCUUGUGUGGACUUGUCCUCCAUCCCUUGGGUUCGUUUCUUGCAAGUUCAAACACGGCUUUGCUGCUUUUGUGGCCAAAGAGAAGGAGAGGAAGAGCUUUCAAACCGACCCGUGCCGCAUUUGGUCACUAUUGGUGACCGAUUAUAAUUGGAGCUUGCCUUACGCUUUUAUCCCUGCCCUCACCAGUCUUAUUCCUACCACCGUCUUCUCCCCAAAAGGACUUUCUUUCACAUCAAAUGCUCUCCAAUUUGUAUACUUGCCUUUGAAGAAAGAUAGAAGAAAAACGUGCUACAUACUGGGAUAUUUUUAG